AUGCACAGCACCGUCGCUACCCAUAUAGGCAUCUGGCAUACGACACCGUCUUUCAAGUCAUCGACGACCAUGCCGCGAACCUGCUUCAAGGACGAGUUUGAGGAAGCAAUGGGUCUCUUCAGCCAGCGUCAUUCGUCCUUUUCGACGCUCAAGAUCUCCGAGCCGCCCUCCGUCUUCAGCCAGCACUUCACGCUCGUGUCGUGCGAGGGCGAGCUGAUCAGUAUGCCGAUCUAUGACCUCAUGUCCUGGUCGAAGUUCUUCCGGGACCUGCUCCAGACCGGUCGAGGCGAGAAGCGCGUCGAGCUCGAGGAGCGCGCCGAGACGAUCGAGCAAUUCAAGGAGCUCGUGUACGGCAAGCGCGUCACCUGGCGUGAGUUCAGCCCGACUCCCUUCUUCGAGCAGGUGUUCGCCCUCACGGCCUUUCUGGACAAGUACGACUGCCCCCGGGCGCUCAAGGAUCUCGUCGAGAUCCUCACGCGGGGCGCUUCCGGCCCUUCCACGACCGCAACCGCCUCAGGAGGCACCAGUACGUCACAGGCUGAGCUCCCGCCCCUCGUGCUCUUCGCCGUUGGCGCGAGACUCGCCCAGCCCGAGGUCUGCGAGGCGGCCCUCGAUCUGCCCAAGGGCAGCUGGGCACACUACAAGCCCUGGACGCAUCCGCCCGGCAUUGGCGACAAGUACCGCAACACGCUGCACCCGCUCGGUAUCCCGUUCCAGCUCCUCGAGCAGCUGCCGUACGAAUACACCCUCGCGCUCGCCCUCACGCCCGUCAAGGAGAAUAUCAAGCCCGGAUAUGACAAAGAUAGGGCACGCAACGGACGAGAGUUCGCGGAGCAGCUUAGUAAGAUUGGAAAGCUGAAGAAGGCGGCUGAAGGGAAAAGGAGUAAGGCGAAAGGAUUCCGAGACUUAGUUGCGAUCGGCGACGGCGAGAAGAAGGUCCAGUUGCCCGAAUCGGCCAUCACUCUGAGACAGUUCAAGACGCUUAUCAACGAUGGCACUUUCAAGGUCGAUUUUUCGUCUAUGACAGCCUUGUGUUUCGACCAGGUCCUUGACCUCGCCCGCUUUCUUGAUAAGUACGAGUGCCAGUUCGUUGUUCGAGACUUCAUCGGUACUCUGAGGAAGAAGAUCGUCGGUCAUGGUGGAUGGCCCUCUGUGCUGUUCUUUCUGAGUGGGCUGAUUCUGGGGCGACCUGAACUCUGUCCAGAAGCCCUCAACCAACCUGCCUCUUCUUGGCAGGGUUAUUCACGUUUAUGGCAUCCUAAAGACUUGAAAAGCGAGGAGGCUUACUGUCUUCAUCCGAUGGGCAUUCCGCUUUACAUUCGCGACACAAUCCCCGCUGAUUACAUCCUCGCACUGGCUUUGGCGAGGGUCCCCUUUAGGGUCGGUCCAGAGGGAUACAGCUGCCGCCUCGGGGAUAGGUUCAAAGAGGUGCUUCAAGUACUCGGAGACGAGAGGAAGUCCGCUGCCAAGCCGGCAAGUAAGAAGGUGAAGCGAGAGAGGCGAGACACGAGUCCAGCUCCUGAGUGA